AUGGUCCAAUCAAUCGUCCCCCUCAUCAUUCUCCUUAUCGCCGUCGUCGUGCUCUCCGUCGUCGGCUACAUCGCCUAUAGCAUCGUCCAAGAAGUCAGCAAGACCACGCGCUCGAAGAUGGAGAAGAAGAACGUCAUGUUCACCCGGGACGGGAUGAAGGUUGGCGUAAAGGAAUUGAGUGACGAAGCCUAUGUGGACCGGAGCCAAAGUGUUCUGGUGAACAUGUGGAAUCACACCUCGUUUCCUGCGUAUAAGAGUCGACUGUGGAAUAUGGCGGGCACUGCUGAUGUGGAGACGGAGAAGAGGAAGCCUUAUUCGAAAUCGUGA